AUGGAGACGGUGCUGCUGGAGCACUUCCCCGGGGGGCUGGACUCCUUCUCCUCGCCCCCCUACUUCGACGAGGAGGACUUUUUCUCCGAGCCGCCGCCGCGGGACGCGCUGGCCGCGGACGGGCUGCUGGAGCCGGACGUGGAUUUCCUCAGCCGGCAGCUGCAGGAGUACUACCGCGACGGCGGCGACCCCGAGGGCGGCUACCGCUGCCCGGCGCCGGCCGCCGCCUUCCCGCCGUCUCCCGCCUCGCCCGGCCUCGCCUACGAAUGCUGCGGGGCGGCGGGCGCGGCGCUGCUGUCCCCCGGGGGGCGGCUGCAGGCGCUGGGCUCGGCCAAGCGGCGGCGGCGGGUGCGCUCCGAGGCGGAGCUGCAGCAGCUCCGCCAGGCCGCCAACGUGCGGGAGCGGCGGCGGAUGCAGUCCAUCAACGACGCCUUCGAGGGGCUGCGCUCGCACAUCCCCACGCUGCCCUACGAGAAGCGCCUCUCCAAGGUGGACACGCUGCGCCUGGCCAUCGGCUACAUCAACUUCCUCAGCGAGCUGGUGCAGUCCGACCUGCCGCUGCGCAGCGCCAGCAGCGAGAGCCCCAGCCAGCCCAAGAAAAUCAUCAUCUGCCACCGCGGCACAAGAUCUCCCUCUCCGAGCGACCCCGACUACGGACUCCCCCCUCUGGCCGGUCACUCGCUGUCGUGGACUGAUGAAAAGCAGCUCAAGGAACAAAACAUCAUCCGGACAGCCAAAGUGUGGACCCCCGAGGACCCGCGGAAGGUGAACAACAAACCCUCCGUCAACGACAUAGAGAACGAGCCCCCCUUCGACUACGUGGCGUGAGGCGCCGCGCGGGUGGUCCCCGCCCCCGCCCGCUCUGUACAUGCUGUAUGUAGAGACCUAUAUUGUAAAUGUAAUUUAAGAUUCAGACUCUAAGGGCAAUCAAAUUUAUUUAUCUAUUUAUUACGGAGUAGUGAUAA